AUGUAAGAAGAUACUAUUUUCGAUAAAAUAAUUAGAAAAGAACUUCCUUCAACACCAAUUUAUGAAGAUGAAUUAUGUUAUUGUUUUAAAGAUAUAAAUCCUUAAGCUCCAAUUCAUUAUGUUUUAGUCCCUAAAAAUAGAGAUGGUUUAACUUAACUUAGCAAAGCUGAAGAUAAGCAUAAAGAUUUAUUAGGACAUCUAAUGGUCGCUGUAAGUAAAAUUGCAAAUUAAGAACCUUAACUUAAAAAGGGAUAUAGAUUAAUUAUUAAUGACGGAGAAUAUGGGGGCUAAACUGUAUUCCAUUUACAUAUACAUAUUAUUGGGGGUGUAUAACUUAGCUGGUAAACAGGAGCUCCAUAAAAUUGUUGA